AUGUCUGCCGGCCACGUUAUAGGCAACCGAAACAGCACUCCUGUCGAGUCUACCAAUACCUCGUCUCUUCGACCUCCAUCCUCACGCGCUGUCGGCUCAGGUCAUCACCUUCGAGCUUCAGCAGAUAUGGCCGCAUUUUCAGCUUCACCUUCAGCCAGCCGUGGUCAAGUCCGACCUUCAUCCGAUUUCUACGGCACUCAACAAAUCCAAAGUCAGGGUGUCCCUGAAAAUGAUGCUUCGGACUCGAUGGCUCAACAAUGGAUUGCCGACAUUGAUCAAUAUGAGAAUACAUUGGAAGAAAUGGCUGCUGCAACUUUGGAUCAAGACUUUAAAGAUGAGUUGAGCGCAAUAGAACAAUGGUUCAGAGUCCUGAGUGACGCCGAACGAACCGCUGCUCUGUAUGCUCUACUUCAACAAACAACACAAGUACAGAUUCGUUUCUUUAUACAAGUAUUGCAGCAGAUGGGCAAAAGUCAUCCUAUGUCUGGUGUGUUGUCGCCCGCAAACUUCGAUAAAGAUCCCAUGUCAAAUCGACUUAACGAUGCAAUGAACAAGCUUAGUGUUGACGGUUCAAGGAAUUCUGUGGGCCGCACUCCCGCUACUCCAUCUGCGAAGAGGCACUCUGGUCUAGAUCCUUCUACUAUAAAUGCUAUGUUUCCAGAUGCUGCGGCUGCCAUCGCCACCGAAAAAGCCAAAUAUACCCAGCAAACCGGCAAUCCUCCUUCCUCAAACAGAAACAGUGCAGCAUACGAUAAUCGUGUUUCUCUCACCGCACCUGUCAUUUCUGGUCCCGGAGACUUAGCAGAUAAUACCGUACCUCCCGCCUCACCGUGGGGAUCUCGCAGUAAUGAUCAGGCGAAUAGGCCCAAGUCAUCCUCAGGACAAACACCGAUGGGUCAGUUCAUGCAGCCACCCCCCUCAGCUGGCGGCUUGCGCUCUCCUCGACCAACUCAAAUUCAGAGCUCAUCUAAUCUUCAAAGUACUGUACUCAAUGCUCCUGAUAACCCGGGCUCUGAUAUGCCACUACUAUCACCAUAUAACGCAGGAAAUGGAAACUGGGCCUCGAUGGUCAACACACCAAUGGUUCCCAAUUUCAAUACGGCAAACAGCAACCUUCAAGCCGACAUGGUCGCAAAUGCGACGGCUAUGAAAUUGGCGGCCCUUUCCACAGUUAAUAAUCGUUUUGCUUUGGAUGAUGUGCGAAAGUACCGCCGUGCUAGAUCAAACGAUGGUGGACAGAUUCCACCGUCUCCCGGUCUUCCCAACAACAUGCCCAACGCUAACGUUGUCAUGAUCAAUGAACACGGCCAGGUAUUGACUCGAGACCAGGUCUUAGGGCUUCAAGCUCAACAGCAGCAUUCUUUCGGCGGUAGGCAGUCUAGGCCAAGCUCUCCAGGGUUGACCAUGCAAGGCGGAUUCGGUCAAGUUAGUUUCGCAUCUCCACAAAAUAACGGCUUUCUGGCCGCUUACGAUGGAGCCUCACCUCUACUCAAUAAUGGUAUGAAUAGCCUAAGUCUCAACGCAUUUGGUAUGGGCCAGCACGAGGGGUAUCUUUCCGAUCAUAGUGAAAUGGCGCGGGGCAGGUCACCACGUGGAAGAAGAGGUAGCUCAAAGCCUCCCGAGGAUCCCACAGAUCCUAGCCUCCUUCAGGAUAUUCCCAGCUGGCUGAGAAGUUUGAGAUUGCACAAAUACACCGAUCAACUUAAAGACAUGAAUUGGACUGAGCUUGUGGAACUAGACGAUGAGGCAUUGGAGAAGAGGGGUGUCAACGCUCUUGGAGCGAGAAGAAAGAUGCUCAAAGUUUUCGAGCAAGUGAAGGAAGCAAGAGCGGAGGGCAAGCUCUCAUGA